AUGUUUGAACAAUAAUUUAUGGAACAUCGUAAGUCAAAGUAGGAGCAAGUAGUAAAUACGAAAUCUCGACAUUUGAUUGUGAUGAAUUAAUUAAAGAAGAAAGUAUUCAUUAUUUGAUGAUUCUCUUAGGAAGAAAAUUGGAAUAAUAGAUUUUAUGUUUAAAAUUAAAAUAAAAAUGAAUCCGUGGAAAAACAGAAACCCAAGUAAAUCAAUAACACAGCAAAAUUAAUCGAAGUUCAAGAUUAUUACAUUAUUCCUGAGUUUCAUAGGUAAUAUCAAUUGACUAAUUAUUUAGAUAGUUGUUUUUGAUGUGUCUGCAAACACUACCAAAAAACACUCAAGCAAUUCAAUUCGAAAUAGAAGAAAUGCAACAAAAGAAAUCGCAUAUACAAGUAUUACAAUACCCAAUAAUUAAGCUCUGCAUGCAAGCUGUGGAAGCCAGAGAAAAGUGUUUAGCAUUACUGAUUAAUCACAUCCAAUAAUUCUAGGAUUGUCCUGGAGAUGAAUAACUAUUGCAAAAAAGUGCUGAAUUAAUCACACAUUUAAGGAUUCUCUCAAUCAAUGUAGUAGAACAGAUUCUUGGUUGGAGACAAUACUUAAUGAAGUUCUUGGUCAAUAUCCAUUCCCAUGAAAGCAUCUCUCUUCCAUAUCUAUAUCAAAGAGAAAACUAUUUGAUCAAGGUUUAAAUCUCACAUUAUCUAUUUCUAGAUGAGAAAGGACAUCUCAUACAUCACAAACUCAAUACUAUCUAACUAUUACCAAUUUUCGAUCAAACCAGAUCCCUUCUUUGUUGCCAUAACAAAACCGGCAGAAGAUUCUAGUAAGAUUGUUCAAUUCAUAUCCAAACCUCUCUUAAAAAGAAUAAAAAACUGUGAAGCAAUAAUAUAAGAAGAAACCUCAUCAAUUGCUAAGGAUGAUAAAUCAAUAUACAAUCAAGCAAACUCCAGAGAUCAAAUUAAAAUGAGUCCAGAAAAACCGAUACAACCAGGACGAAUAAGACCUCCAAAAAGAUAGGAAUAAAGUCAAAAUCAAAAAGUAAUUUGUGUUUUAAAUCCCUUUUUUAGAGAAUAAUUUACAAAUAACAUGACCAAAAUGAAAUCAUUACCACAAUUCCUAAAGGAGUUCAAGCUAGAUAGCCAAAUAAAUAAGGAAGUGCUACACCUUAGAAGUAAAACUCAAUUAAGGUGACAUCCAAUUAUGAUUCCAAUAAUAAAUAGCAAGCAUAGAUAAGUCUUCCUCUAUCUGAGCAAAAACAUUAGAAUUCUCUGCAUGCAGCUGGCCCUAUUACUGAUCAAUAAAAUGGGAUUCCUGAAGAUGAUGAUACAUUAAAGGUGAAAAAAUGCAAAUUGACUGAUGAAAAAGUUAUAGAUCAUUUAAACAAUAUUAAUGAGGAUUUCAAGAAGUCAUGGAGAGGAGAAGUUCAAUUGAUGCAAAAUCAAUAUGAUCAAUAAGAUGAUAGCUUUUGUUUAGGAAUAUAUUAAAAAUCCUAGUUGAUGGCUUUGGGAUAGUGUUAUCUAGAUCAGUCUUUACAAGAAAGAAGAAUAGUGUUAAGUCACUUUUCAACAGUAGAUCCCUAAUAAUUUCAGGAGUUGCUUAAAGUUAUUAUUUAAUUUAUUUGGGAAAUUGAUCCUUGCUUAGAAAUUAGAAUGGCAUUAUAUCAUUACAAUUAGAGCGAUUCAUUCUAAGCUAAUAAAGAAAUUACAACCAAAUUGAAAGAAUUGGGAUUCAAGUGGAAAGUUGUGUAAAGUGUUAAUUCGGAAACAAGAUUCACAGUUAUGGGUAUAGUAUAAUAUUAUCGAAGCCAUUAGAAGACCUUCUGAUAUAGAUCAACCUAAAUAGAUGGAUCCCAUAUUCCUAUAGCAUCUUUACCUUACUUGUGAUAACAAUACAAUAUAAAAUACGGAUGCAUUUAGCUCCUUGUAUUGUCUGACCACUCUAAAUACAAAGAUUGAUUUGGAUAAUGAAACAAUUAGUUCGCACAAGGAUAAUCUCAUAAAAACUGUACAAUAAUAUUGAGAUUUAAAUAGGAAUUUGGAUUUAGGGGAAUUAAACUGUAAGAACAUUCAAGUGAUGACUUUAAUGCUUACAUUAAGUAGUACUUUGAGGGUUUUGAAUAAUUGAACCUAUCCAAUUCUGAGGUUUCACUUUCAUCAGAUAAAGUCAUUAGCAGUUUUUGCAAAGAGUGUUUCAAAUGGGCAAAAUGCAGAUUGGCUUAACAUCAAAGACUCAUUUAUAAUGGAUUUCCAUCUGUGUCUAACGCUGAGACUGCGAAGGUUUUCGUGUCUGAUUCAGGCAAUCUUAAAGUUUACUUGAUAUCCUCUGAUUAGAGUAGUACAAGCAUUUUUGUAUUUGAAUGUGAGUAAUCAAUUUAAUUGUAGAUAAUGAGGAGAUCACAAUGCAGAAAGUGCAAUCGAUUUUAAAUCAAUGUGGAGUGCAAGUACCAAUAGAUUAGAAUCUUUAUGUCCCCUAAUUCAUAGUGAAUAGCAAGGUUAGGUUUUCAGACAAUGUAAUUGGAUUAGGAAGAUUUAGCACUUAUUACAGACCUAAGAUGGUUGAUGUCUAAAUUGCUGAUGGUUAUAUUAUCAAACCCCCAUUUGUAUUUGGUAUCAUCUAUACUUAUGAAAUUAGGGAUCUUGAAUGAGGAUUUUAAUGAGAUCACUGGAAUGCCCAAUUUGUUUUUUAAAGUUUAGGAUACUCACUGUAUCUAACUAUGA